CCUAAUUAAACAUAGCUAAACGGGCCUGCACACAAAGCAUUGCUGUGUUAUUUGUGUGCUAGGUAUCUUUUGCUGAGUUGAAAGUAAAUGUUUUUGUGACCAAAAUAUCGUAUACGUAACCCAAGCUAAUGCUACCGUGCUAGCUAAUAGCUAAUCACGUCAGUCGACAUUGAGCGCAGUUCUUUGAUUGACUACAGGUGGAGUACAGUAUUGAAAAACAUUCAACUAAUACGACAGUGUAAAAGUGUAUGUGGUCUUUUAAUUUAGCCAGUGGAAUUAUACAUAUAACAUAUGUUGCUCAAAGCUGGAUACAAGUUAUUUGGUGUAUUUUCGCUACUUUACCAUAGAGGAAGCUAGCGCCUCAGUGCUCACAGCGGGAAUCGAACAGCUCGACAACAAUGACGGCUCAGGUGCUCCACCUCCACGGACAGCCACAUUCUCCCCACAGUCUCCAUAAAUUACAGAUAUUUGUCAAAGUUUUGCUCCUGGAAGCCGCUAGGAACAAGCUGGAAAAAGAGCUUCGAAUUGUCACCAACAAGGCAUAUGAAGAAGUUGAAGGUUUCUUGAUGUCAUCUUUUUCAGCAAGUGUCUUCAAUGAUCUUUUACACAUGCUUGAUGAGAGAUGUCAAACUAUAGACAAGCUCUCAUCUCUUUUUCAGGACCUGUCACUGCAGCCGCAAGCCCAUCUGAUGCCUUUCCACAAAAAUGGAGUGAGGCGACACCAAGGUCAGCUACUGAGCUUGAAAGGGAUCCUUUACGCUGAUGCGCUCAGGUUUGGGCCUCUAUUGCAGACCUUUAUUAUGGCCACGUCCAUAUCCAAAGCAGUCCAGGUGCUUGGAGCCACCCGAAGCCUACAAGAGUUGACAGGAUUACUCAUUGCCCUGCCCGCAGCAGCCCAGGUGGCUAACAUCCCCGAUCAAAACAGCUCUGUUGAGACUGUCAACACGCCAUAUGGCUGUAAGGAUGCAGAACAAGAAGCAGACGUUUUGGAGGAGAAAUGCCAACCGAAGGAUCAGAUUGUUCCUCCUGUCCUCAAUGAGUGCGCUCAGGUAAUCACAAAGACAGCACCGUCAUUCAUUUGGGGACGUGAAGAUGAUGGGCGCAGACAACAAACAUCUGACCAGGUGCUGCACCUCCUAAGAGCAUACUCUAAAACUGUAGGGGUGCUGGAGGUCUCUGUAAUGGAGCAGACUGAGCACUCUUCACAGGUCUCGUUGCCCACCAUGGAAACGCGGCUUUCUCCUAUCAGACAGAUGUCACAUGGUCAAGUCAACGCCUCACUUCCAAAAACAUUGCUUGCAGAAACAGUAAAUCAAGCUCCUGUUUUCAGAGUGAAACGGGUCGAGUCAGAUGGCUCGCUCACGUACACGUGUAUGAUUGCAACUGAGACUGAAUUGUGGGAUUUUGGAGACAUCAGCGCAGAGGCGGCACAGGGGAAAGCCAACAACUCUUCUGACAACAAAGACCACAAAGGCACAAAGUCCGAGGAAGAGAAAGCCUGCAAAAUUAAAACCCAAACACUCCAUUGCACAAAUUCUGAAAACGACAAUGAUUCCACAAGAAAGGCCCGAAGCAAUGCUUUCACCAUUCCCAAGUUCCAGGUGCGAAGGUUUGAGGAACAUGAGGUUGUUGUAUCCCACAUUGUGAGUCCGAGCAACUUCUACAUCCAGCACGCUGACUCCCUCGCCAAACUGCAGGCUCUUGUUACUAACAGCUGUGAAGCCAGUAGUUCAUAUGCUGAGCAGAACUGCAUUCCAGACAUCGGAGCCCAUGUAAUCGCCUGGUUACCUAGGCAAGAACAAUGGUGCAGGGCUCAGGUGACAAAGAUAUGUGGCAUGAGCAAAGAUGAAAUAACUGAUGGAGCCAAGGGUGAGACCUCUAUCAAAGUGGAGAUAAGGAGGUUAGAUCAUGGCGACACCGCCUGUGUGUCGCUGUGUAAUAUCAAUGAGAUGAGUCCAGAAAUGGCCGACUUACCACUGCAGUCGAUGCAAGUUUCACUGGCUAAUGUGAGUCCUGCAAAUGAAUCAGACUGGUCUGACGAUGCAGUGGAGUGGUUCAGAGCCAUGGUGCACGACCGGAUCUUCUACGCCAGAAUUUACACACAAGGGCCCUGUGUGACUGUUGAGCUUUUCUUGGAAAAGGGGAAGCUUGGAGCUAUGAGGCGAGGCCCCCCAUUGUCUUUGCGACUGGCCCAAAAUGGACAUGCCAAACACAGCCAACUGAAGAAUUUCAGUUUAGCCAGGAAAAAAGGCAAUCAGGUCCAACUGAAGCAUAAACAAGACACAGAAUGGGAGAAGUACCUCAUUUCACGCUACACUCGGAAUUGGUCAGUAUGGGGACGUUUGGAUGUGGCGCUGCUUACGCCGCUUGCACGGCCGGCUAAUCCUGCCCUGGAGUCGAAAAUGAACUGGGGGUCCUUCUAUGCCGUGAUCAGCGGCAUAAACCGGCACUCAACAGGCAUCGGACGUAUUUGGCUCUCCGUCAUCUUCAUUUUCCGCAUCUUCGUCCUGGUGGUUGCGGCGGAGAGCGUUUGGGGAGACGAGAAAUCCGGCUUCACCUGCAACACCCAGCAACCCGGCUGCAACAGCGUCUGCUACGACCAGUUCUUCCCCAUCUCGCACAUCCGCUUGUGGUCUCUGCAACUCAUCCUGGUCUCCACGCCUGCUCUCCUGGUGGGCAUGCAUGUUGCCCAUCGCCGCCACAUUGAUAAGAAGACCCUAAAACGGGCAGGGCGGAACAGCCCGAAAGAACUAGAGCAUAUCAAGAACCAGAAGUUUCGAAUCACCGGAGCACUUUGGUGGACCUACAUGAUCAGCAUCAUCUUCCGAAUCAUCUUUGAGGUUGCUUUUCUCUACAUAUUCUACAUGAUCUACCCAGGUUUUAGGAUGGUACGCUUGGUGAAGUGUGACUCGUACCCGUGCCCCAACACCGUGGACUGCUUUGUGUCCAGACCCACAGAGAAAACCAUCUUCACUGUCUUCAUGCUGGCGGUGUCCGGAGUGUGCGUGCUUCUCAACUUGGCCGAGGUGGUGUACCUCAUCGGUCGGGCAUGCAAACGCUGCCUUCGCCGUUCUGAGGAAGAAUCCAAAGUUGACUGGAUGAGUCAGAAAUUGUCUACGUAUAAAAUGCGAUCAAUCAGCUGAUAGAAACUACUAAAAAUCCGCAGAGCAUGUGACUCUGUAUUUGUACUACACUAUUAUUUAUAUCAUGUCAAAUAAUGUAUUAUAUUUACUUUUACUUAUGUUUUAACUGUGUAUAAACGAAUGAAUGUUGUAUUUUAACGUAUCUUUUACUCUGUUUACUUGUUUUUUAUUCGACUCAAUUUUUCUUUAAAGGGUCUUUGAGUAUUUUGAAAAGCGCUAUACAAAUAUUAUUAUUAUUAUUAUAUAUACGCUACACAUUUAUUCAACCGUUUUUUCUCGUCAGUUAUUAACUGACACAAGCUGUAUCUGCUAUUGAAUCUUGAGGACAUACUUGGGAUUCACGUACUUUAAAUUAUUAAAAUACCACAAUACCGGUAUCUAUUUGAGAAAAUAUAUCUACAGUAAACCUCGGAUAUAUCGGACUCGGAUAUAUCGGAAAUUCGCUCACAACGGACAGAUAAAAAAGAAGCAAUUUUUCUGUAAUGCAUUUCCAAUAAAAAUUCAUUGCAUAUAUCGGAUUUUUUUAUAACGGAUUUCGCCUAUUUCGGACAAAAUCUCCAGUCCCGUUCCAAUGCAUUUCCAUUAAAUUUCCCUCGCAUAUAUCGGAUGGCCGCAUCGUGGCACUCCAAUUCGCCGAAUCGUGACAGGCCGCUAUACAACGUCAUUUGCAGCGUUUGCAGCGUUGCCUGCGCGUCCAGGUACAUUGGAAACAUAGUCAAGGAAGUGCCUUUUUAUAACGGAGAAAAUCCGAUUUACGCAUAUACCGGAUAUAAAUCCGAUAUAUGCGUAAAACGGACAUUUUCCGGUAUACGCAUAUAACGGAUUUCGCUUAUAUCGGACAAAACCAGUGGGAACAAUUGAAUCCGAUAUAUCCGAGGUUUACUGUACUUUUAAAUGGUUUUACUGUUUAAAACAUCAGUUCAGUGUGUUUAAACUAAAAAAAGCAUAUAGAAAUUGAACACUUCAUUAAACACAUUUUAAUGAUACUUUUUAUUUUAACUAUUCAAGAGACUUUUCCUUUAUGGUACACUGGUGAUCAUGUGCAGUUGUGUUAAAAAAAUAUAAAUACAUAAGUGUGCUUUUGAGGAAUAUUUACUCGGUUUGACUCUGAGUGGUGCGAUCCUACUGUAAUGAUUUAAUAAUGUGCUAAACACCGUAAAGCGCUUCUGACAUAUUGUAUGUGUUUGCGUGUUGUAAAACUAUGUUAACUAUGCAUAGAUGCAUAUUUCAAUAGCCGUUCAUGCAAAGUAAAUAUGAUCCGCAUCUGUCCAUUAUUCAACAUGGGUGCUAUGUUUCAUAUGUUUCAACUCAAAUGCUGACUUUUCUGAAUAGUACAUGUACUAUGUACUGUACAUGCAUUAUCUGCAUGAUUUUAAAAGGUUACUAAAAUUAAUAUACUGUA